GCGCGUCCCAACUCGUCUAGUGUGUUUUUGACAUCGGUGAACGCAGUCGUGAACUUCGGAGCGGACCGAUAUACUUUUUAUUUAUAGUUAAUCGAAUAAGUCGUGUGACGUUCGUGAAUACCUGUGUAACCCGGGAUAUAAAUAUGAGUAUUGCUGCACUCAUCCAAGCCGCUGAAUACCUCGAAAGGCGAGACAGAGUUUUCUUUGUUGCAGAAGCGGAACACGGAUAUGCGUUGAACCUGCCGGCGUACGAGGAGACCCGCUCGGGCGGGAGACGGCCGAAGACCAAGAAGUCGCAGGGCAGCAGGACCACUCAUAACGAGUUGGAAAAGAACAGGAGAGCGCACCUCAGAACUUGCUUGGAGAAGCUCAAGGACAUGGUGCCACUAGGGCCCGAAUCGUCCAGACACACAACACUAGGAUUAUUAACAAAAGCCAAAAGAUUUAUAAAGAGUCUAGAAGAACGGGAAAAACGGCACGCGUCACACAGAGAGCAGCUCGCGCGCGAGCAGCGCUACCUGCGGCGGCGGCUCGCGCAGCUGCGUGCCUCGCCCUCAGCUCGGCUGUCAGAGUCGCUCACGCACACGCGCGCGGACUCGUGCUCGUCGCUGGAGAGCUCGUCCGGGGUGUCUACGGCCGAGCGGUCACCCUCUAGUGUUUCGGAGAGCGACGAAGUGGACGUGAUUGGCUACACGUCCAACCAGAGCGAUAGCGAGUCGCUGGUGUCGGGCCGCAGCGGCAGCGGAGACAGCGGCGUCUGCGAGCGCGCGCGGCGCGGGCGUCGCUCGCCGCGCAACGCGCGCCGCGCGCCCCGCAACACGAGGGUCUAGGUUUCAAGUGGGCGGAGCGAGCGUGACGUCAUAACUUUGUAACGUAAACAAUCGUAGAACAUUUUGUUGAUACAUGUACUAAGGCGACUGUUGUUUCUGUGACUGAACGUGACGAGUGCCCGCGCCGCGACUGACGCCGGCGACCCUGGUGGCGCCAUCUAGUCGCACCGAGCUCUGGCCGCCACGCGCCGGUCUUAACACCUCUGCAAAAAUAUCACCGAGUACAAAAUUGCCAAAAACCCGUUUAUUUCAACUUUUCUGCAAUAUCGCAUAUCGGUGUGGAUUCCAUUUCUCGGUUACAAUGAGCGCUCGAUUCGAUUUCAGAGGUGAAGGGGAUUAUAUUGCCCCAAAUGCAAUGCCUGUCUCACUUUUUGUGUGUUACUCGCACAUUCCUUUUGUAUUAAUCAAUUCGAGUGCACAUUGUUUUCCAUUGUACCUAGUUUCACAAACUACAUCCGGUCUUUGUAAUUAGUUUUAGUUUAGCGUUGGGGUAAAUUCAUAAAUAGUAAAAAAAAACUAGUUUUGGAAACUUCAUGACUCUUCGUACAAAAUAAUACAUAUUGGGCUUAGAACGCCUUGUAUUUUCAUCAUCAUUGAUAUUGUGGUAAUAAUCAUGUUAUUUUACUAUACGUUAUUGAAUUUUCUAUCGGUCAUAUUGAAACGGUCUAGUUGAUCGUUACUCUUUAGGGUACUUAUCGUUAAUUUCACAAACGUUGCUGAUUUAGCAAAAUGUUGUAUAGAUAAAUAUCAAUUUUAUAUUUGUAUAUAAUUAUUUUUCAUGUAAAAAAUCAAUCAAAUAGAAUUAGAUCUGUGAAUUUUAAGUGGACGUCUACAAAAACUUAUAUUGGGUUACAAGCCCACCAAAAAUAAUUAUAGAAAGGAUUCCAUUUAGUUCACGCGUACUAACCAGAUCAUUUCGGCUAUGAAGAUUUUUUUGGAAACGCUCUGUACAGGCGGACCCACUAAACAUCUCGUUGCGUCAAAGUAUUGGAUGCGAAUGUAUUUGAAGACGUGUGGUUCUCUCUUUAAGUCCUAUGUCCCAAAACAGGCUUCAAAGUGACUAAGUAAUGAGUUUUCAACCGAUCACAACUAGUCCUGGGUCUCUUUGUACAUAUUUAUUUUAAAUACUUGUGUUUUUUUUAUUAGCGCAAUAUUAAUUUCCUUAUAAGGCAACAUCAAAAAUUAACUCAGUUAAUACCUGAGAAUCUCCAUACAUUUUGUCCGAACAGCGGUGACAAAAUGGUGUUUUGUGGCCACACGUUUUCACACCGCGCUACCACAAUAUUUCAAAGUUUAUCUACAGUCCUAUUUUGCCGCUGUACCUACGUUUGUACCGCCUGUACCGCCCGUUGCUCGAUCAACUCACGCGCAAACCUACAACCUUUUUGUCAUCAAAUUUUAUUUAUUAUCAUCUUCUACGCAUGUCGACGGACCCCACAGACUAACAUCGUAUUCUUAAGUAUUGAUAUUGAAUAUUCUAUGAUCUCACUUCAUUGUCACACACCCAUCUUCAGUAAUUUGUCAUUAUAGUAGACUUGUUUGUUAAAUUAUUUAUUUUAUUCGACAUAGUCGCAGUAAUAUGGGAGUGGUCAUUGUUGUGUAUAAAUAUUGAGAUCAACAAUAUUAUUAUUUAUUUUAGAUAGAGUGAAAUGACUAUAAUAAUUAAUAUAUUAUUGCGAAUUAAUAUAAAAUUAUAUUUUUUUUUAAUUUUUAAUAUAUGGACAAGUCGAAUGACAAAAUUACUUUAGUGGUAUUUAAUUUAUGUGGACAUUCACAUACCAAAAAUAAAUACUUAUUAUACACUGUAAUAAAGGACAAUAUGGUAAUGUGUCGAAACAAAAUCUUGCAAGGGGAAAACAACUAUAAGAGUACACAUAUUUUGUUAAAGCUAUUUUACCGUGUAUAAAUUGUUAAUUCAUUUUGUGAAGAGCGAAUGACCUUGUAUAUUAUGUAUGUUCAACAAUUUUGGUGACGACGCAAUUGCCCGGAGUCACCCUCAGAUUCCGGCGGCGCGUGAUUUUAAUGAUUGCAUUAAAUCUUAUUGUAAAUUGUUUUAGGUAUGAAUGUUAUGUAAGGAUAGUUGUAACGUAUUAUCAUUUGUAAGUAUAACAUUUAUUUUAGAAAUGACAGUCUGAUCUCUUAAGGUAAUUAAUGCGUGUGAUGGGGCGUGCCAGUCGGGUUUUAGCAAUGUUCUACCGCGGAUCAACCUACAAUAGAAAUGUACUAUAUACAUUUAUUAGUAAUCGUACUGAUUAUUACAUUCGACAGACUUUACUUAUUUUGACAUACAUUACUGACGAUUAACUAUGACAUACAUGAAUAUAUACCUAAAAUUUAACACACACAUAUCGAUCGGAUUCUAAGUUCUCAGGUAGUACUAAAGUACUUUUAUACUUCAUCUAUCUUUAUGUCAUAAAAAUACAUUAUAAACAACUAUCCUUUUGACCCUGUCUGGUUUUCCACUGCUUAAAAAAAAUAUUUAUAAAAUAAAAUAUGUAUAAAAUAUUUAUUAUUCUCUCGUUUAAUGCUUCUCGUAAAACCUAGCGCGCCAAACAAAAUUAAAUUUUAUCGCUAUUGCUAAGCUUAAAACUAUUAGAGGGGAGCUGACUGGUUAUAAAAUAAUGUGAUAUUUUUGCUGCACGCACUUAGUCUAUGAAUCUCGACAACUUUCAUUGAUCUCGAGCAGAAUUGAAAUCGUAAAGGCGAGAAAGAUCUCAAACACUUAAUUUUGAAAGCUAGUAAAAAGCAUUACAAAACGCUUAUAGGCCUUUGAUAGUCGCUUUUGACCAAUUUCCCUCUUUAAAAAAAAAUCCAGGUUGGUCCGCAGUAGUAUAUAGAGGGCCCGACACCUCCAAAUACUUGUGACGCCUAAGACCUGUGUGCCUCUGUCAAUCCUGCCUCAAAGAUAUCAACAAACUAUCAGUUUCAAAUUAUAUUACUAUCACAAAACUAUAUAUUUAUAUUUUUUAUUUUAGAACAGUGCUUUGUCGAUCUUGUUAUUAUGUACUACCAAUGUGUUGCGAUACUUCAUUCAAGAACUUGUGCGAAUGCCUGGAUGAUUUAUAUUUGCUGCCUUGAUUGAGUGAACCAUUUUAAUAGUACACUCGACGAUAAUUACAAAUAGGAGCCUUGUCCAUUGUUAAAAAUAUAUCGUUUAGAUAAAAUAUAUUUGGCAAAUCCAUCCUUCACUUGAACUAAUUUAACUGCACUUUUAUUCUUGUGACUUUCAGACAUUUAUAACCUUCAGUCCCUUUCGUAACUAUAGGUACCUAUUUGAUUGAAGGUUAAAUGGCGAAAGAACUUUGUAAUAAGGCCUUGUUUUCAUAGAGUACGUUUUGGCGCGUUUCCUGUUAACUUAUAAAAUCGUUUUGCUGUUAGCUGACUUGUCUGUGGUCAACCAAUAAGAUAUCAGAAAGCGCGCAAUAGACUAUGGAAAUGAUGCCUUAUUGUCGUAGCCUAGCUGUCAGAAUACUCCGAAUUAUUGUCUGGUCUGCUCAGUUCGAGUAGACGCUAGGUUAUCAUGUAGAACUCAUGUUUCAUUUGCGAUUGCCGUGUGUGGGUGCAAGCGGCGACGGGACGCUUUAAGAGUACAAAUUCUGUAUAAGCCCCUACUUGAGUGUUAAUUCUAAAUGUUAAUUUUUAAAAACACGAAACAGGGAGACGGUAUCGGUGUACGAUGUACGAAAAUUAGUGUAUUUUAGCGCGCGGGCGACAGUAGUGGCAAUGGAUCCAGUCAUCUGCCUUCGGUGUUGUCUCUUUCUUAAAUAAAUUGUCUAUCCUAUCGCUACAGUGAGUUUAAGUUGCUAUUUCCUACUUGACUCUAUUCUGUCGCACGUAGUAGCCGCGGCUCGGUGUCAACCCGACAGUCACUGUAUCGAUAGGGUAUUUGUACGUGCGUGCACUGUACGCGCGCACUCUUUACUAGAUAAUAAAUGUGUUAUUAAAAUUGAAAUUGCAAUAAAUUGUCCUGCCGACCAGCUCUGGCAACCCUACUUGGACUUGCUUCUGUAAAUUAAAAAUUUUAGUCCGGCGUGUAAAAAAAUAUCAGUACGAUUGUAAAUAUUGGAGCCAAAAUUUUUAUACAAAUUAUUUCAUUAAUAUAUUGUCCGGCAAGUUCGGGUUGGGGUUGCCAGGUUGGACGGAAAAUGCGCCGUCACAAACUCAUGUGGUGGUUUCUGAACGAAAGAUGAAGACCGAAUGAUACUACUUAAACGUAUCCCUCUUAAAUCCGCCAAUCAGGUCCAUACCCUCUAUAACAGCCAAUCCGAAAAAGUUUACGUUUGUGUAGUAUCACGGAUUUCGACUUUAAUAGUGCUAAAAGACUGGCGUAGCGGACCGCGACCUUGGUCCGGUAAGCUUAUCUCAUUCUCGCUCAUACUCAUAGCUGCGUCCUUAAUGGACGUACGGCGGACCACCUUCCAACAAACAGGCAGGCAGGUUGGAUCGAACAGAACAGGCAUCGGACCGUACCAAGGUCGCGGUCCGGUACACCCGUCUGUUAGUGCUUUAUUUUUGAGCACCUUUGCGUCCUGAUAUCAGCAUACUGGUCACAAGCAAGCAAACAUCAUUGUGCAAAUUAUUACAUUCUACGAUAGGUACGUGUGUAACAAAAUUAGACUGCUAUAUUUAGGUAAAAAUGGUGUUAAAAUCGUAGAAUCUAAUAACUUUUCACUGUUAAUGGUUUUAAGGUAGACUUUUAAAAUCUCAGUCUGUAAACAAGUCAGAAAACUUUGUCCCAACUACUUUAAGGCCUACGGGACCUAUUGAAAAAUGACUUUUUUUUAUUAUAAUACCUCUAGACGAUCCAGUUCAUUGCGCAAUAUUGUCUCACUUUCACUCCAAUGAACUGCAUGUAAUGAGAUGAUUUUGUCCGUGUGCACUAUGUGUUUGUUGCCCAUUUUUUUAUAUUUCGUUCAGAAACCGGUAGAGUACGACCGACGGUUCUGUCUGAGUAGGCAAACAUAGGUACCGCGACAACUGCUGUUGUGAUUUGGCAGCAUUAUUCAAUGUAUUUGACGAACGUGGCACAUAUAAUUUACUAUAUGUAAAAAAGUUAUAGAACUAAUUUAAUAAAAUUAUAAAUAAAUAA